AUGGGUGUGCUCGAGGACCUUCGGAAGGUGACGGCUGCCGGCGGCACCCUCACGUUCUACCGCGACAACGAGCCUGUCGACGGGAUCAAAGACGCCACCGACGUCGACAUCGGCGGCACCAAACAUCCACUCGACGCCACCACCAACUUCUACAACGACGACGCCCCGCAGCUGCUCCGAGCAGUGGUGUUCUGCUGGCUCCACAACGACGCCCUGAUUGUCGACUAUAAGAACGCCUGUGCCGAAUUGGGAAUCCCUGAUUUCAAGUUCUUGGUGAAGACUGAGCUUGCUACCUACUUACUGGGGAAGCUGGACGCCUGUGCCUUUAUUAAGGAAGAUGCUGCCGAUACUACCGGUAAAACCGACCAAUUGCGUGAUCCUCAGCUCGAGAGGAUAUUGGCCAACGAACGGGAGCUGGUCGACCAUAAUCAGGCGCUUAGGGGGCUGAAAAACAUCGACUUUGGCUACCUCAUUUCCGACGCUAAAAAGUUCGCUAAACUGUUGAAACGGGCGAAACCUCAGCUGGCACCCACCAACGGCAAGCGCUCCAAAUCAAACUUGAAACCUCCUAUCAUCAUCGUGUCCCCCGCCACCACCGCCUUGCUCCAACUCUCUAACGUUAAGGCUUUCCUUGAAGAUGGCGCCUUCGUCGAACCAGGCCACCGUCCCGAUACCAACCUCAUCAUGGUGUCCCACCCGCUGGAACACCUCGUGUCGGCGGCCCACAAGAUCAUGGUGGUGGAUAAUGUUGAUCUCUUCACCAAACCCGAAUACUGGGACCGCGUAUGUGCUAUAUUCACUACAGGUCAGGCGUGGCAAUUCUCCAAAUAUAAAUACGCUCAGCCAGAACAGCUUUUCCAGCACUAUCCUGGAUUCCAUCUCGGCUACCUGGGGGAACCGGCACCAGCGGCGCUUGCCUCGUGGAACGUUCGCGAAAUCAAAGUUGAUCGCGGAGAUAAACGGUUCCGGGAUAAGAUGAUCGUGCGAGACUUCUGGUCCGACUUGGAGAAGAUCCUCAUCGCCCGCGGCUACGGCAAGUAA